GUCAAAAGAUCAAACAUACCGCGGAAUUCAAAAUGGCGCUAUGCCGAUGAAAAUAACAAACUUUGGCCAUGCAUUAUGAAAAAACAGCGCGUUUUGGCGUGUGGGAACAAAGAUAUUUGAAAUCAGCGCAUUCAACUCUACUGAUAACCGAUGACAUAUUUUAGCACCGCGAUGGGGGCUACGGAAUUUGAUUUCUAGCCACAUUUUCGUGCCAGAGCCAACGGCCUACUGCACACGACACGUUUAUGGUAAAGUGCCGGCGGUUAUGAUGAUACUGGGAUCAAAAAUGGAAUAAUUAUGAUUUACAUUCUACUCAGAGGUCGGACUUAUUUCUGAGCCAUGCAGUUAUUUUUGUGACAACAGCUAUGUGCAAGGAAUAUAUUUACAUAAAUCGAUUUUUAUAAAGAAACAGAAUUCAAACUGAUUUCUGUGCCGCCUAUGGCUAAUCACGGUAAAUGCUGAUCCAUUUAGUGAUUAAUAAUCAAAGCAAUUUUCGCAGUCGUUGCUUCAGAUAUGUUCAAUGGCCAGAAGAAAAGAGCAAGAAUUUAAAUGUAUAAACAUACAUUGCUCGCAUCUAUCAUUUGCCUCUUUCAAGAGAUAUAUGAGUCAUGUUCGAGAUUAUCAUGUUCAUGAACCCAAUUUCAAGAUUAAAUGUCCGUUUGACUCGUGUUGUCGGUCCUAUUCACUGAUAUCGUCUUUAACAUCUCAUAUGCGUCGAAAACAUAAAGGUGACCUUGAUUAUGCAGUUGAUUGUGAAGUCAAUGAUAUGAACGGCGAUAUUACGCAAGACAAUGACCAUCUAGUGGCAGACUCGACACUGGACUCAAUUGAGAUGGGUUGCAACAACAAACAUAAUACGUAUAUUUCAGUCAAGGAAAUGGCAUUGUUUGCUUUGAAGACACAGGAAUUCAAUCAACUUGGUGACACUGCAACGGAUGCAGUGCUUGAAAAUACUUAUCAGUUAAUGGAGCAAAACGAGGACUAUUUUAAAAAGCAAGUUAAAUUAUGCAUCGAGCAUUCCAGUGUUGACAUUAAAGAUAUAGAAGGUUUCGAAGAAUUACUUGAGUCACCACCCUCACUUUCUGCAUCAAAAAAAGUAUUGCAGACAUCAAAGGAUAGAAACAAGUAUUUAAGGGAAACAUUAAAUAUGGUGGACCCAAUUGAAAUAGUGCUUGGAGAAGAGGUGGUAACUUCUGAAGUGAAUGGUCAGUUCCAAGUGAAAAAACACUCCUUUCAGUAUAUUCCAAUAAUAAAGGUCUUGGAGCAAUUGCUGGUCGCCAUCCACUGUUUUCAGUCAACCAUAAGGCUCUUCAGAUUCUUCUUUACUAUGAUGACUUUGAAGUAGCAAAUCCUUUAGGAGCAAAGGCAACUGUGCACAAGCUAGGUGGAUUUUAUUGGAUUUUAGGAAAUAUACAUCCAAAGUACAGAUCAUCCCUUAAAAUGUUGAAUCUUGCCAUAUUGUGCCCAGUGAAGUGGAUAAAAAAGUAUAGUAUGGCAAAAGUUUUGAAGCCUUUGAUGGCUGAUGUGGCAUUGCUAGAAUCAGAAAAUGGGGUUCAACUAAAUAUAGGGCAGUCCAUUAGAUCUUUUGAAGGUACCUUGAGCUUGGUUUUAGCAGAUAACCUUGGCAGCAAUGGUAUCGGAGGCUUUAUGGAGAGCUUUUCAGCAAAAAGGCCAUGUCGAUUUUGUAUGGGUAUAUUGGAUGAAUUUCAAACAAAGUUCACAGAAGAAGAGUUUACCAUGCGUUCCAGGGAGAUGUAUGACCGGCAUGCUGCCUUUUCAAGAAUUGAUCCAAAUUCUGCUUCUAUUUAUGGUGUCAAGACACAGUCCUUAUUAAAUUGUUCGAAAUAUUAUCAUGUGGUUGAUGGUCUUCCUUCAGAUAUCAUGCAUGACAUCCUUGAGGGAGUUUGGCCUUUGCAUUUGAAAGUAAUGCUAAGAAAGUUUAUAUUCAAAGAGAAAAUGUUCACUCUUGAUGAACUUAAUCGGCGAAUUAAAGGCUUUCCAUAUGGACCUAAUGACUUUAGGAACAAACCAAGUUUGCUCAAGAAUUUGACCUUGUCAGACUACAAUAUGUGUCAGUCAGCUUCCCAAAUGUGGUGCCUCUCCAGGCUGCUGCCUCUGAUUAUUUAUGACUUUGUGCCUGAACAUAACCCUGACUGGGAACUGUUCGGUGAUUUGAUGAAGCUUGUUGACAUCGUCAUUGCACCAGUCAUUCGAAAGGAGACAACCUAUUAUCUGGCAGUCCUUAUAAAAGACUAUCUGAAAGAAUUCUGACAUCUUUAUCCAGAUACUAAAUUGAUUCCAAAGCAGCAUUUUAUGGUUCACUAUCCUGCUCAAAUAAGAAGGAAUGGGCCACUUGUUCGUCAGUGGUGCAUGAGAUUUGAGGCCAAACAUCGCUAUUUUACACAACUGGCACAUGGAAUGAAGAACUUCAAUAACCUGUCCAAGACUUUGGCAAUAAGGCAUCAACGUCUUCAGUGCUAUUGGUUGUGUGAAGAAGAUGCCUAUUUGAAACCAGUCGAAGAAACUGGAUUAGGUUCAACUAUCGAACUAAAAGAAAUUUCACCUGAGAAAUAUCUUAGUCUUUCUCGUAUCUGUGAU